GCAUGCAUGCAGUUCAUUUUUUUAAAAAAAAUAAUAUGUAUAGCAGUGCUAUACAUAUUCGAAAAAUAAUAACAAGAAGAACAUCAAAUGAGAGAUUUUGGUACAGCCUCCUGAUUAUGCACCUGAGCUGCUCUGUACCAUUUUCCUGUUACCUUGGCUUCAGUAUAGGAGUGAAGAGCUGAGAUACUUAUUUAAGGAUAGGACUUUGCCAAAGCCAUUACUGCUGCUUUCACUGGGAGAAAUAGAGGGUUAAAGAGCCCAGCACCUGGUAUGCUAGUGAAUCAGUGAGCAAGGCCAAUGUUGCUGACCCUUCAGCCCUUACUCAGUUGAAAAUAUGGCCCCCAUUAAAAAACAACAACACUUGCCAACCAGGAAUCUAUAAAAUACAACAGCAACCACCUCGAACUACAAAUCCCAUCAUGCAACAGCUCUCGCUCUUUGCCAGAAGAGUAGAAUAUGAGGUUCUGUUAACUUGUGCCUUCACGUUAAGAAGAAAAGCUACGUCUAUAUGAUGCAGUACAGAAGGAAGGCAAAAGCAUUUGCACGUUUGCCAGUAUCCAAGAGGAAAAGGGGGUGGGGAGGCAGAGCUAAACGUUUCUCAAAGUCCAGAAGAGACUUCAUUGCAUCAGUUCAUUAGUGUUAACAUAGACAAAGGUACCAAAUGCGCACAGCCCUGACCUCAUAAGUCACUCUAACAGCGUAUAAAUAAAUGAAAGACGUGUCUGUAAGGGAGUCCUUUCCUGCGGUGUUUUACAAUCUACUACACACACAUACAGGGUGGUGGUGUACAAAAACUUUACUGGCACCGAUCCCCACCCCCUGCCCAACCCCAGUAGUCACGCCAAGAGUUCACACUUACUGAAAAGCCUUCUAAGUGAUCCCAGUGAGAUCUGCAGCCAAGAGCCAAGCUAUGCAUUGCGUUAAAUCGUUAAAGUGGGUGGUGGUGGGAAUUUCACAGUGGCGGUCCAUGCCACGCCCAACACAAUAGGCCCCUUGAGUGCGCUUGACAUUACUGGGUCGCCCGACACCAUAUCCAGGCGCGACUAAUCGCCCCUCCUCCGUCGCCCAAAUGACCAAGGCAGGUCCCCGCCGCCACUCCAGGCCCCAGCGCAACUCCAGGCGGUCCCUACGCCCUCCCUAAACACAACAGCCCUUCCGCUAGGCAGCCACGACGUUCCCGCUGCUCCCCCGGCCUAGACGCUGCAACAAGCAACAGCCUCUCCUGCAGCCAGGGAAUCUGCAAAGGACAUCUCCAGGGAUCUUAAGUAAUCGGCCAAUGCAUGCGUUCGGAGGGGGGUGGAGGUGGAGAGGGAAGACAACGACACAGCCCCAUAAUUCUCUCGCCGUAUGUCCCAAUCCGUCCCCCCAGAACAAAGGAGCCUGCUGCCGCUCCGGCUCCCUAGCAGCCUACGCUGCACAAUACUCAAGCGCCAGAGGCAAGCCGCCCCGGGAAUGGGGGAACGCCCUCCUCUCUUCGCCCCCCAACAAGCCCCCGCGGAAAGGAACUGCUCCCUACAUCACCCCUGCAAACGGGACCCGCCCUUCGGGCCCCGAUCGCCGGGGUAAGCGCGCCCGCGGCUCCCGAUCCGGUUCUGCCUAUGGCUCGGCUCUCCCGCUUCCACACCCCCGGUUACAAGGAGAGAGAGAGAGAGCGCGUUCACACGCACACACCGGCUCCGUCCAUUCCGCCGCUCCCCAGUGCAAGCGGCUCCUGCAGUUACCUCCGCUUCCUCCCGCAGCCUCCGCCUCCCAGCUGCCUCAUCCCCGGCCAGCCGCCUGCCUCUCCCGGCGAGGAUUGCGAAAGAAGCCCGCGAAUCACCGCCGGCCUUGCAGGUGCAGAGCGCCCGCCCCGCUUGACCGCCCGCUUACCUGACGGCACCCGAGCCUCCUCUCCGCCGCCGCCGACUCAGCCACCUCGCAUAGCCGGGCGCUGGGAGCCCCGCGGGCUCAGUCCUCCUCCUCGGAGGUCCCGGCUCGGGCCCGUCCUCUCGGAUCCGCCUCCUGCUCGCCACCGCGCGCUUCGGCUUCCCAGCCCCUUCCCCCCAGACAGCUCCCCCGAUGGAACCGGCCGCUGUGCUCAGCUCGUCGAAGAGGAGGAGGAGGAGGAGAAGCGGCAGCGAGGGCAGCAGCAGCAGCAGCAGCCUCCCCCUCCCGAGGAAGUGGGCUCGUCCGCAGCGGUCUCCAUCUGCACCUACGGGCAAGGGAGAGAGAGAAGCUCGGGUAGAAGACCGUAUUGCUCCUAAAAGCCUCGGUCCCUCGGCGCCUCCGGAGGGCUUCCGACGGCUGCGCCCGUAAUGCGCCAAAAGCACGCGCCUCUCGAUCUGCGGGAGUGGAGGGAUUGCUCGCUGGGCACCAGCGGGAAUGCUAUGGAGCGCGCCGGAAAAGGAGACGGCCGUGGAGAGCAGAAGUCUCGAAAGCGCCGGCGGGCGGGAGAGAGCGCAUUUCAAGGCCGCUUAGCUCUGCUCUCUCGCGGGCAGCCUAGUGCAAUUGCUCUCGGUGAAAUGGGCCUGAGGAAGGCGCCACAGCCCUCGCCUCUCCGUUUAGGGUUCUUCUAGGACGGACUGUCCCGCCUAGGCGUUUAAGGGGAGCGUUCCCAGCAGCCAUUUACCGGGCUCAAAUGCAGCCAUUAAAAACAAACCACCGCCUGCUUGCUGGUGCGCCAGGUAUUAAAGGCGCAAAAAAGCAGGGGGCGGGGGGGUGGAGAGAAGUACAUUGAAAAGUUGGCUGCCCUUCCCUCAGCGGGGCAGAAUUCAAGGGGUUCCUCCUGGCUAAUGGUGAAAAACCUCUGAGGUGAACCUCCUCUGCAGCUGCCCACCCGCCCAAUUCCAGGCCUUUGGGACAUGGUGACUUCAGCUGUGGGGGUGACUUCUGCCCCCCCCCGUUUCCUCAUUGGAACCUCCAAAUAAGCGAAUGGAAUAAGAUUCCUUUCUUUUCAGUACAUAGAGGGCUAUGUGAUAUGUGAAUGUGCAUGCACAACAUUCCCUUUUGCCUGUUUUCGAAAGGAGUUGCCCAAUGAGGAUUUCACCUCAUUAGUCUUUGGUUUUAGGCCCUUAAAGUUGUAAGCAUCUGUGAGUCUGAGCAUGGCGGCCUUCUGAAGAGGGAAUUUCUCUGUUUAUAUACAAUGUGAUUAAGUGGCCUGCUAUUAGCAUGAGGUAGAUGUUUGUCCCCCUCAGCUAGGGCAAUGGUGGGGAGGGGGAGAACUAUGUUUGUAAGUAUCUCAUGGUGAAACCCUGAUUGCUUGCCCUAGUGGCUGUCUCUAGCCUAUUUAAACAUUUCAGCUGCAUGUUUGGGCCACCUUUGUUGAGGGAGAUUGUCAUAGGAUCAUAGAAUUGUAGAGUUGGAAGAGAUCACAAGCAGGGCUUGAACCCACAACCCUGAGAUUAAGAGUCCCAUGCUCUACUGGCACAACUAUCCCGGAGUGUUAAAAUGUCAUAUGAAUAAAUUCAUA